GACGGCUGUGGCGCAAUGCGUUCUGGGGCUCGUGGUUCGCGGGGUCCAUGGGGAACGCGGUGUCGCUGGCUCAGAUUUCGCAGAGCUCAGAGUCCUGCACGCCUCAGUCCUCGCCUCGCUCCUCUUCGCGGAGGAUUCUGGGAGGUGACGUCGCGGGUCUUGAUCGCGGGGCCCGUUUGCAGAGCCCGCGGCGCCUGGAGGACUUUUUUCUUCUUCAGAAGAGAAAACUGAAGAAGGAGGAAUGGCCGUGGGGCUUUGUAAAGCCAUGUCCCAGGGGUUGGUGACCUUCAGAGAUGUGGCGCUAGACUUUUCCCAAGAAGAGUGGGAAUGGCUGAAGCCAUCUCAGAAGGAUUUAUACAGAGAUGUCAUGUUGGAGAACUACAGGAACUUGGUAUGGCUUGGACUCUCCAUUUCUAAGCCCAACAUGAUCUCCUUACUGGAGCAAGGGAAGGAGCCGUGGAUGGUGGAGAGAAAGAUGUCACAGGGUCACUGUGCAGACUGGGAGUCUUGGUGUGAAAUCAAGGAAUUAUCUCCAAAAUGGUUCAUUGAUGAAGAUGAAAUAUCCCAGGAGAUGAUAAUGGAAAGGCUAACAAGUCAUGGCCUUGAAUGCUCCAGUUUCAGAGAAGCCUGGAAAUGUAAGGGUGAAUUUGAGCUACAUGAGGGAAAUGCGGAGAGGCAUUUCAUGCAAGUGACAGCUGUUAAGGAAAUCGCUACUGGGAAAAGACACAAUGAAUUUAGUAAUUUUGGGAGAAGCAUACCCCGGAAAUCAGUAUUUUUAACACAACAGAAAGUUCCUACCGUAGAGCAAGUACAUAAAUUUGAUAUUUAUGAUAAACUCUUCCCCCAAAAUUCAGUCAUAAUUGAAUAUAAAAGACUCCGUGCUGAGAAGGAAUCUUUGAUAGGUAAUGAAUGUGAAGAAUUCAACCAGAGUACAUACUUUAGUAAAGAUACAGGAAUUCCUCUUGGUGAGAAACCUUAUGAAAGUAAUGAUUUUUCAAAUCUCUUAACUUUCCACUCAUUACUUGCUCAACAUCAGACAACUCAUUUUGGAAAAUUACCCAAUGGAUACAGUGAAUGUGGUGAUGCCUUUAGCUGUUACUCAUUCUUUACUCAACCUCAGAGAAUUCACAGUGGAGAGAAACCAUACGCAUGCAAUGACUGUGGAAAAGCCUUUAGCCAUGGCUUCUUUCUCAGUGAACAUCAAAGGACUCAUAUUGGGGAGAAGCCUUAUGAAUGUAAGGAAUGUAACAAAGCCUUCAGACAGAGUGCUCACCUUGCUCAACACCAGAGGAUCCACACUGGAGAGAAACCGUUUGCAUGCAAUGAAUGUGGGAAGGCCUUUAGCCGUUAUGCCUUCCUUGUUGAACAUCAGAGAAUUCACACAGGUGAGAAACCAUAUGAAUGUAAAGAAUGUAACAAAGCCUUCAGACAGAGUGCUCACCUUAAUCAACAUCAGAGGAUUCACACGGGAGAGAAACCCUACGAAUGUAAUCAGUGUGGAAAAGCCUUCAGCAGACGCAUAGCCCUUACUCUGCAUCAAAGAAUUCACACAGGAGAGAAACCCUUCAAAUGUAGUGAAUGUGGGAAGACCUUUGGCUAUCGCUCACACCUGAAUCAACAUCAGAGAAUUCAUACCGGAGAAAAGCCCUAUGAGUGCAUCAAAUGUGGGAAGUUUUUUAGGACUGACUCACAACUUAAUCGACAUCAUAGAAUUCACACUGGAGAGAGACCAUUUGAAUGCAGUAAAUGUGGGAAAGCCUUCAGUGAUGCUUUAGUCCUAAUUCACCAUAAGAGAAGUCAUGCAGGAGAGAAACCCCAUGAAUGUAACAAAUGUGGGAAGGCCUUCAGUUGUGGCUCAUAUCUUAAUCAACAUCAAAGAAUUCAUACUGGAGAGAAACCCUAUGAAUGUAAUGAAUGUGGGAAGGCUUUUCAUCAGAUCUUGUCCCUAAGACUACACCAGAGAAUUCACGCUGGAGAAAAACCUUAUAAAUGUAAUGAAUGUGAGAAUAAUUUUAGCUGUGUCUCAGCCCUUAGACGACAUCAAAGAAUUCAUAAUAGAGAAACGCUCUGAUUAUAACAAGUAUAGGAAAGAAAACAUUUGGUUACCACUCAGUCCUUAUUGAAUAUUAGUGAGUUCUUCUUGGCUAGUUAUUCUUUGAAUGUAGUUCAUAUUUCAGAUCAUGAGUAUCCAUUAUUUGAAGUAGCUCAGUAGUAGACAUCUGUUACUUUUUUUUCUUUUUUUUAGACAGAGCCUCGCUCUGUUGCCCAGGCUGGAGUGCAGUGGUGCAAUCUUGGCUCACUGCAGCCUCUGCCUCCUGGGCUCAAGCAAUCCUCCUGCCUCAGCCUCCUGAGUAGCUGGGAUUACAGGUGCCUGUGACCAUGCCUGGCUAAUUUUUGUAUUUUUAGUAGAGACAGGGUUUCACCAUAUUGGUCAGGCUGCUCUCGAACUCCUGACUUCAGGUGAUCCGCCUCCCAAAGUGCUGGGAUUAUAGGUGUGAGCCACCAUGCCCGGCCACAUCUGUUACUUUUUGAUCUGUUCUGUACCUGGCUUACCCCACCCUCAAUGCAUAUGAUUCUGGUGAAACUGUUAAUCAGGGACAGUAGUGGAUUGGUCACAGGCUGGCCAAUUAUUUCCCCCAACCUAGUGAUAAGGGAUUGGCAAAUGGCCCUGUCUGGAUCAAUGAAGUCCUUUGCGAGUAUUCCUAUGGGUAGUAAGAUAUUUUUUUCUGGAAUUGCAAAUUUCAAGGAUUUAAUAAGAUUAAAAACUCACCAGGAGCCUUUUUGCCACUCAUGAGGAAAGCUUUCCCAAAGAGAAAUCUAACAGAGGAAAAUGGAGACGAGAGACAGAAAUCUGAUGAUAUUGUUUGAUCUCCUGGAUCCAGUCAUUCCUGACAGCUACACCAUCCUUUUUCAUUUUUUGUGAUCCAAUAAAUUUCCUUUUAUUUAUUUUUUCUUAAUUUGGAUUAGAUUUUUGCCUCAUGGAAUUAGAGUGCUGAUUCACACAUUCUAUGUUUGCUAUACAUAAGAGAAAGCCUUACUAUUUUUCGUGACAUAAUUAAUUAUACUGAGGAGAAACCUUAUGAUAUAACAAGUUUAUCAAAGUUGAAUA